ACACACACACACACACACACACAUGUAUUUGCCAGAAAUCUCAAAAAAUCAUAAAACCUGGUUGCCUGUGUGGAGGGGAACUGUGUGACUGAGGCCAGUCGUGGGAAGAAACUUCCUUCUUCAGCUUUUUGAAUCUUUUAACUUUUGAACCAUGUAACCGUAUUACCUAUUCAAACACACAUAUAUAUUUUAAAACCCACUCCUGCAUUCAACAAGUAUUAAUGAGCCACUAGGCGUAGCAGGUGCUGGUCUAGGUGCUGGAAAUACAGCUAUGAACAAGACCAAACAAAAUAAUGGAAAAGGCUCUUGUAGAUUCGCACCCCCUUGUUUCUGAGUGUCUAAAGGACCAGUGCAAAGGCCAGCUUCUCUGACACCAGUCAUAACUCCUUUGUGAACAGGAAUCUUCCUCUCCUUUGCUCGGAUUUUCUUCAGCAUUUAUCGUCUGCAUCGCACUUAACAAUGAAUCACCUGCCCCUUUGUUUUGCUUGCUGUUGCUUCAGGAGUGCUCAACGUUGAUCACCCUAAUUCAGUUGCUAUCACCAUUCACAUAAUUAUCCAAGAUAGUCCUGGAACCCAAGAAAUAUCCCACCUCUCCAUUCCCAUCACCCACUUGUUCCCACUGCCACUAUCUGGGGGACGAGAGAAGCGCAACCCUACCUGUCUUAGCUGGUUAAGAAAACGAGCCUGGGUCUACCUCCUGCUGUUCUUUUUUUAUUUUUCAGAUUGGGCAAAUCACUUAACCUGGGUGUGUACCUCAAAUUUCUCAUCUGUAAAGUGGGGAAAUGACAGGACUAUGUCAAGGGCAGUUGUGAUAAUUAAAUGAAUUAGUACAGAAAGCACUUCUAACAGUGUUAGGCACCUAGAAAGCUCUGCUGAAUUUUAUUAAAUGUUGCUAUUAUCUUGAGUCAUUCCUUCCCCACCUGCCAUCCCCUGCCCCUCAGGUUCAGCGAAACUUAACUCCUUCAUUUCUGGAAUACAUCAUAUACUCACAAGCAUCUGUACCUUUAUCCUCAGGCUGGUCUGAAAUAGAUGCUCUUGCCUUUCCUGCCUGCUUGGUAAGGCUGGGCUGUCCACAUAACUCUCCUCUCCUCCCCAGGCUUAAUACGCUUCCAGCAAAACACUUUAUUUACAUGGCUGUCUCCCCUGGUAGUCAUGAGCUCUGCCGAGAGAGGGCCUACGUCACCUUCAUUCUUUAAUCCAUCAGCCAGAGGGAGGGGGAGUCUGAAGGGGAAAGACAGGACCACCAUUUAAUUUAUUUUUUUAAUUAGUUAAUUAUAUUUUGGCUCUGUUGGGUCUUCGUUGCUGUGCCUGGGCUUUCUCUAGUUGUGGCGAGUGGGGGCUACCUUUGUUGCAGUGUGUGGGCUUCUCAUUGCACGGGCUCUAGGCAGGCAGGCUUCAGUAGUUGCAGCAUGUGGGCUCAGUAGUUGUGGCUCGCGGGCUCUAGAGUGCAGGCUCAGUUGUGGUGCAGGGCCUUAGUUGCUCCAAGGCAUGUGGGAUCUUCCUGGAACAGAGCUCAUACCCAUGUGCCCUGCAUUGGCAGACGGAUUCUUAACCACUGCACCACCAGGGUAGUUGGGACUACCAUUUUAGAACAAGCCUGCCAUUCACAAAUGACCUUGGACAUACCUCCAAGUGCAUUAUCCCAUUCUGACAUAUCUUCGUUUAAAAAAUAUAUAUAUACUGGGGGGCCUCAAAAAAAUGGAAGUCUACAGCAGGGAUCCACAUACUUUUAAAAAAAAUUGAAGUAUAGUUGCUUUAUAAUAUUGUGUUAGUUUCAGAUGUACAGUAAAGUGAGUCAGUUGUACAUAUAUAUAUUUUUUCAGAUUCUUUUCCACUAGAGUUUAUCACAAGAUAUUAUUUCCCUGUGCUAUACAGGAAAUCCUUGUGGUUUAUUUUAUAUAUAGUGGUGUGUAUCUGUUAAUCCCAUACUCCUAAUUUAUUCCUCCUCCCCCCCUUCCCCUUUGGUAACCAUAAGUUUGUUUUCUACGUACUUUUUAGGUAAAGGACCAUAUAGUAACUAUUUUAGGCUGUGUGGGCCUUAUGGCCUCUGUUGCAGCUCCUGAACUCUGCCCUUGUAUCUCCAACGCAGCUACAAACAGUGCGUAAAGGACUGGUGUCUCCAGCCAAAGCGCGAGGCCAGGUAGGAAUCAGGGGACUGUGAAGGCACAAACGGCGGCUGGGCCAAUUGUGGAAGAUCAAAUCCCUCGGGUUACUGCACUCAGUGCGCUCCGAUUAAUCACACACAAUACUAAAGGGAAGAAAGGACUUCACGAACAGCUCCGAGGAGAGACGCAGUAAGGUAGGUGUCCUCCAGGCAGGCGGCAGGCACCGGUUCUGGACCCUGGAUUCAGCAAGGAUCGUGGGGCCGGCUCUCUCAGCAAUCGCCUUCUGCUCUGCCAGCCCGCAGGGAAGCUUCCAACACCAGCAGAGUCUGGAGCGCAGGUGCGCUCCGAAGAGACCCCUCUCGAGCAAGUGCGCUCUGACCCCAUCUCUGAUGAGGUACAGUCCCUAGGGGGUAGCGGUUACACCCCAAGAACGUGCCUCACCGGCCAGGUGCACCAUCUGAACACUAAGUCUUUCCACGGACCUUUCAAACCAACUUACCUACCUAAUUUCACACUCAUUAUCUUAAGUUACAGAUUCCAAGUCUUACAUCAGACAUUUAGAAACAGUCAAGACGGGCGCCACGUUGGCCACUGUGACUCCGUCUUGCCUUUCCUAUUUCUAACAGAUCAUACAUUCUAUUCUAAACUCUACGAGCAGGAAUCAUAAUAUCACAUCACAACAACUGGGGGUAGAUGUGCUCCAAUAAAACUUCAUUUAUGGACACCGAAAUUUGCAUUUCAUGAAAAUUUCAUAUGUCACAAAAAUUCUGCUUUUGACUUUUGAUUCACUUUCAACCAUUUAAAAAUGUAAAACCCAUUCUUAGCUCACAGGCCAUACAAAAACAUAUGGUCGGCUGAGUUUGACCUACAGGCCUGGAGCUGAAGGACUUCUGGUGCAAAGGGUUUUCUUCCUGCUUCUAAGAGGACUUGGGGGAAUGGUGUUUCCAAGGACCCAUAAAAUUAGGGUGACCUUUUUUAGCAAGUAAAAGUACAAAACACCUAGUUAAAUUUGAAUUUCAGAUAAACAAGGAAUAAUCUUGUUUAAUGUAUGUUCUAUGUGUAUUUUACCUGGCACUCCUACUUCAAAGAGCAUAGUACAGUUGUCCCCUGGUAUCUCCAGGGAACUGGUUCCAGGAGCCCCCGUGGAUACCGAAAUCCCAGGAUGCUCGAGUCCCUUACAUAAAAUGGUGCAGUCCACUGAAUACAGGAGGCCCUCCGAAUACCUGGAUGCCAAACCCACAGGUACAGGGGCCUGACUAUACUUUCUAGGUGUAAGAAUACCAAUCUCACCCUCUACCCCCGCCCCCUCCAGCCUACGAAGCCAGCCGUAAGAGUACGCAUAUUCCCACCUGGAGAUGCCUUUGAGCUCGCCGAAUGCGCUGGAGAGCGCAGACACUGCCUGUCAAUCAGAGGAAGGGGGCGGGUUUUCCGGGUAGGAAAUGGGCCUUGAAAGAGGGAAGCGAGAAGACUCCUUGCCCGGCCCAGGGCCCCUCCCACCGGUGCAAAAGGGCAGGAUGGCGCCAGUGACGUAGGGCAAACCUACUGGCUGGCCGGGAAGGGGAGGCGCUGGGUAAGGAUGGCGUCUACGGUGGUGGGGCAAUCCUGUCUGUGGGAUGGGAGGGCCCCAGCCAAGCACCCUUUUCCUUGAGGUGUCUAGGAAGAGGAAUAGGUGAUUAUACUUGGCAAGCCAGAGCGCGUAGAUUCGUGGCACUCUGAUUAUUUCCUUGUUGGUUUCCCCAGCUUUUAUUAGUGUUUGUAAACAAUAAUAAAAAUACCCUUGUCUCAUUAAGGUUCCUGGAAGCAAGGAAGGGCUUCGUAUUCCUCCUGAGCCCAUGAAAGCAGGAGGAACGCUUCCACUAAGGACAGUGUAGGGCAGCAAGCAAUGAUGGGGAUGGAGGAAAUGGGCACCCCAGGGAUGAACAUUUAAGGACAGAAUCGAGGCUGCAUUAGUGUCCCCAUAAUGAGACAGUCCCAGUCCCCCCUUGGGAGAUUUAAUUCUAGUUUGUAUCAGUUUAUCGCCCCUUCGUGAUUUGGUUCAUUAUUCCAAAUACUGCUCUCCUGAAAGCGUGCUUCUUCCAGGAAGCUUCCCUCCCCACUCUCUUCUAAACUCUUGAUGUCACUCUUAAUGUCACCUUUCAAUUGGCAAUGAAUCCUGAACUCGAGACAUCUGUUGAACUGAACUGUUACUGAUGUUUUCUCUGGUGAAAUAUUUAACUCCUUUGUCUUGUUUUCCCAGCACUAGGAACAUAUGCUUUGUAGUGUUCCUGAAGUCAUGUUUGGUUAAGGGUAUUGUAGCCCUUCACUUCACAUCAGCCGGCUCUAGCAAUAACCGUAUUAUCAACUUGAAGCAGUAUUUAUCAAUAGUAGUACAGAAAUAUAUAAAUGAAUGUAAUUGUUUUGUCAUUUUAUAGUUGCAGGUGGUUUUUCAAUAAUUUGUGUCAGAAAUGGCUAUGAUUACAGUUAGUCUAAUUCUUGGCAUCAAAUACCAUAGUCAUCCUCACUGUUUUGCUUCUUGACUCAUCAUUCUUUCUUCUGGAAUUAGAUGAAUUUUUGUUUUCAUAAUAGCUCUCUAAAACUCAGUGUAGUUUUCUUCCAUACCUUCGUAGUAACCUGACAAGGGCUUCUUUAAAAAAAAAAAACUGAUAAAAUACAUAAUAGCUGAUAUAUGUGUCUGCUAAAGGUUUCAAUUUUUAAACUUUGAAUCAGCCACAGAAUGUUCAUUUUACUGUUCCCAACUCUCUACCUCAUGUAGAUGGCCUAUGGUAAAUAUACAAGCCUACUUACAUUGUUAUUUAUCCCAGGAGUAUUAACACUGCUAAUCUAUCUGUUUGUCUUGUUUUUGUUUUGUUAGCCAACCGAGAAAUCAGCAAGUUAGUGGCUGUUGAACCCAAUGGGAGACGUAUCUGAGCUCCUUUGUUGAUAUAUAGUUUAACUUCCAAUUAAUUUGAAACUUUUGAAUGAAAUUUUAUUUCAGAAUUUGUUUUCACUCUUUCCUCUGUCCUUUUUUAUCUAUUACAGCAGAAGUCAUGGGAAAACUCUUGCAAGAGUCUCAAUUUACAAGAGCAUCAAUUGUAUAAGUACUUAAAUAAAUAGAUGGUAAUUUGGGUGGAUUGUUAAAUUUAAAAAGUAAUCAUCUUUGCUUUUAAAUGGCCAGUUAAAAUAAGGUAUUUGUAAAUUAUAAUCUGAAAUAGCAAGCUGACAUUUGUUGGCUCUUUACAGAUAUCAAACAGUAAAUGUAUGUUGUCACUUUUUCCCCAUCAAAUUAAACUUUGUAAAACAAAUAUUUUUUAACCAGAUUUAUUGUUGAAAUUUUAAGCAGUUGAGCCUACAAGAAAAACUCAUGAUGGUAAGUCAUUUCUUUUUUUUUUUUUAGGGUAAUGGAAAAGGGUCAGUGUGCUGCUGAUAAUUUCAGAACAGCAGUUAAUACUGAAAAGUCAUCUACAAUUAUCUUCAAAAUACAUUUAAAAAUUUUUCUGGAUUAUGAGUGCAUUUUCUCUAGAUCAUUUCAUUUCACUUGUAUCAUGUUCAAUGAUUUUUCUAAAUAACUUAAGCUUUCCUCUUUAAAUGUCAGAACUUACAUUUUAACCAUUUUUAUUGGGAAGAAUUCUAGCAUAUGUAUACUCUUCUUAAAUAGAGAGUAAGGAACUGAACAUGAUUUAAUCUUUUCCUGAUAACUCACUGAGCAUUACUUGUGAAAAUCAAUCAUUGUGUAGUCGUAAAACAGUGAUGCUCCCAAGGCCAACUGUAGGCAGCAGACCUGUGCCCUGAGUAACACAGACCAGCCUUCCCUGCCUAUGUCUGUGCUGUCUCCUCCCUCCCAUCAGCUCUAACCAUUGCUGUUCUGCCCAUGUGCUGCUUGUGAUGUGCCCCCUUAUUGUGUCCUUUGGUCUUCCUAAGAACCUGAGACUGGCUCCAGAUACUCAAAUAGUGCGAGGAUCAUAUGCUUUGUGACAGAUGUUUGCUACUCAGAGGUUCUGUCACUUAUUUCCAGGCUCCAGGCUGGGCUCCUAACUACUGUUGUUGGGAACAGUUUACUUGGGAGGAACUAGCAAACUGCCCAGAUUCUAAAACCUGCCUCUUUGUUCCCCUCAUCUUCUAUCUGUGCUUCAAAAUUCCUCUGAUAGAAUUCCAGAUCAACAAUAGUUCACUCUUAGGUGGUGCUUAUUCUCUUGCAGGCACUCACCUAAGCCCUUUACGUAUAUCAGUCAUUGCAUCUUUACAACACUUCUCGGGUUAUUUGCAAUUUCCAGAUGAAGAAAGGGAGGCACAGAGAGGGUAAGUGACUUGCCCACGGCACACAGGUGGUAAGUGACCAAGCUAGGACUCUAUCCAGGCAGCCUGACUGCAAGGCCUGCAUUCCUUUAUACCACACUUUCCAGGAUUCUGACUGCCUUCGUCCGUCUGUGUGGAUGUUGGUGGGAACUGGAAUGUGUAGAGGAAGGUUGUCUUGUAAUGAGGUUUCACUGCCGCAGCCUCAGGCACAGCCAUCUUCCUGAAUACCUAGGUCCCUGCCAGCAUUAUCUGCUUUCAGAUUUCUCCCUCUCUGCCUAUCCAAACUGUAGUUAGAAUCAGCUACGAACAAUGAUCCAGUAUUUUCUGUGUGGCAGGCAUGGUUCUAGGCAUCUUACAAACAGCUCCGAUCCCUGUGGUAUUGUCAGCUCCUCACAAAGACGGAAGGCUCAGAGACCUUAAGCGGCUUGUUCAAGUCCCACAGUGAUUGGCGCGCCUGCCACUUUCAUUCUUCCAGCACCUCAAGGACAAAAGCCUCCAUCAUUCUCCAUUUGCCUAUAGGAUAGAAGCCAAAUUCCUCACUGGCAGGCGAGGUGCCAUGCUAUCUUUCCAACCUUAUCUCCCACUGGGCUCCAGCUUGACUCCUCUGUUCCAGACUGGCAUGUCUGUGCCCUCUCCCCCAACUCACAACCUCACUCCCCAUACCCCCGUCAUCUGUCCUUUGUUCCCACAACUUAGAAUGUCUUACUUUCUCCUUUGUGCCUCCUCAAGUCCUGUUCAGUCUUCCCUCUCACUGAGGGUCCUCCUAUCAUGAAAUGCUUCAGGCCCUACGAGUCUCACUUCUCCCCGAUUCCUGCUGUUCAGACCAGCCCCUCAGGAGGGGGGGCAGAUCAUUCAUCCAGGCCAGCUGACUCUCGGGCUGCACACUUGGCAGGCACCUGAGCUAAAUAUUUUGACUCUAUAGUGUCUCGCUUUGUAUAUACAGUUAGAAGCCCCACAGGGAAUUUUCCCCGUGACCUGUUGUACCAAGAACUGGGGCAAAAACUGCUUUGCAUGGACAAAAUGCAAACUAGAUGAAAUUUAUCCUUGGUGUUUUCUCGUAUAGGUCCCCCUCCCUGUAAGUUAUUCUAGUAUUCUAGUAGGUGGAAGGUUAUAUGUAGACGUACCCUGCUUUCUCACUACUCUUAACAUUUCAAAUAUGUAAAUAAUGAAAAUGGCAUACGUACUACUGUGUGCUAGAUACUUUUCUAAGCACAUCAUGAGUAUUAACUAAGUUAGUUUUCCCAACAGUCAUUUGAGGUGGUUAUUAUUAUUACCCUCCUUGUACAGAUGAACUGAGUCACAGAGAGGUUAAGAAACUUGCCUAAGAUCACGUGGCUGGCAUUCAAAGCCAGGCAUUUAAUUAUGGUGCUAUACUGCCUCGCCAAGAAAAUAAUGUAUUCUUUAUUUCUGGUGACAGUAAUGCCUAAGUGUUUUUAAAAACUCAGGUAAUAAACAAAGUAUAUAUGCACCACAGAGCUAUGGUAACUGGAAAGCAAAACACAUAAUAAUUUGUUGUGAAACCAGCUUGGGUUCCAAUUCUAAUGCCAAGAAUGCUGGUGAUCUGGGGUUGAUCACAGGGCUGACACUGAGUCUGCUAGGCCCAAACUCAGAUGUCAUUUCUUACCACCCGGCUACAGGGGACGAAACAGGAGGGAGGACACCAGAACAUGGGCCUGCUCCCAAACACACAUACAAAGUAUAAGGAGAAGGGCUUCCCUGGUGGCGCAGUGGUUGAGAGUCCGCCUGCCGAUGCAGGGGACACGGGUUCGUGCCCUGUCCGGGAAGAUCCCACAUGCCGUGGAGCGGCUGCGCCCGUGAGCCAUGGCCGCUGAGCCUGCGCGUCCGGAGCCUGUGCUCCACAGCGGGAGAGGCCACAACAGUGAGAGGCCCGUGUACCGCAAAAAAAAAAAAAAAAAAAAAGUAUAAGGAGAAGAUCACCCAUAAUCCUAUAACUCAUAGAGAAUUAAAUAACCUACUCAAGCAGAUAUUAAUACACAUUAGUUCCUAUUUCAGAAAUGGAACCACGUUGUACAUACUGAGUUUUUUUUUCUUUUAGUUCAAAAUUUUUAAUAGCUUCAUUGAGGUAUAAUAUAUAAACUAUAACAUUCUCUUGUUUUAAUCAUACAAAUAAUUUUAGUAAAUUUACAGAGUUUUGCAACCAUUACCAUGAUCCAGUUUUAGACCAUUGCAUCACCCCUUCCAAAGAUCCCUUAAACACAUUUGUACUUACUCUCUAUUCCCACCCCAACACUGGCAACUGCUGUGUUCUCUCUAUAUUAGUUUGCCUAUUCUGAACAUUUCAUAUAAAUGGGAACAUAGGAAAGAAUCUGGCUUCUUUUACUUAGUAUAAUGUUUUCAAGUUUCAUCCUUACUGUAGCAUGUGUCAGUACAUCAUCCCUUUAAUGACUGAAUAAUAUUCCAUUUUAUGAAUAUACCAUUUUUGUUGAUUCAUUCAACCAUUAGUGGACAUUUGCAUUGUUUCAAAUGGAAAAUGCUGCUAUGACAUUCGCAUACAAGUCUUCGUGUGGACAUGUUUUCAUUUCUCUGUGGUAGGUAUCUAGGAAUGAAACUGUUUGGUCAGAUGGUAAAGUUUUCCAAAAUGGCUGUGCCAUUUUGCGCUCCUACCACCAAUACACGAGAAUUCUAGUUUUUGCACAUCCUAGCCAAUACUUGCUACUGUCUUUGUUUUUGAGUAUAGCCAUCCUAGUGGGUGUGAAGUGAUACCUAAUUGUUUUGAUUUGCAUUUUCCUGAUGACUAAUGAUAUCAAGCAUCUUUCCAUGUGCUUUCUGGCCAUUCAAACGUUUUCUUUGGUGCACGACCAUUCAAAAAUUUGCCCAUUUUUCAAUUGGGUUGUCUUUUUAUUAUUGUAUCACAAAAGUUCUUUAUGUAUUCCAGAUAAAAAUCCUUUAUCAGAUAUAUGUCUUGUAUUUUCACUUUCUUAAUGGUGUCUUUAGAAGCACAAAGGUUUUGAAUUUUGAUGAAGUCAGUUUAUCAAUUUUUUUCUUUCAUCGCUUGUGCUUUUGGUGUCAUAUCGAAGAAGUCUUUGCCUAACCCCGCUGUGUUCUAGAACUGGACUCCCUUCCUCCUCCCUUAUCAGUAUGCACUGAACAUCUUUCUCCCUCAGUAAAUACAGAUCUGCAUCAUCAUCCCUCAUAGCUUUGUUUUGGAAAGAAGGGAGGGAAGAAAGGAGACAACAGAGCCAAACUACUCAAAAUAUCCGGGACCACUCUGUUCACCCUGGAGGUCUUCCCACUUUCCUUUUCGAUUGUCUCGUGUCUGGUACUUCCUCUGUGGUUUGUGAAUAAAAACUUGGUUAGGCUAUUAACUUCAUUACAACAUUUUAUGUUUUGAUAUCUUGGUCACACAGUUUCCUAGCCUCACAUUUUCUGUAGGCUUAAGUCCCUCCAUCACAGAGUCUAGUGAGGGGAUGCUCAUAAGAAACACGUGCUCCCCUGUAAUUUGGGAUUUGACAGCUGCUGCUUCUGGCAUUGACUUCAUUCUCUGAAACUGGACUUGGCUUUGGGAACGAUGCAGAUUUAGUUAAUGUAUUAAAAUGUAAAUAUGGAAAAAGAAAGGUCAGUAGUAGAUAACAGCAAUUGAUUGGUAUGUGUGUUUUCAUGAAAGUCUUAUGGAUAUUCCUGAACAAAAUAGUGGUUCUCAUUUAACAAGCUCCAGACUGAGAUGAAUCGUUGCAUCCUGGCCUCUGUCCUAAGUAAAGCUUCGCUGGCUUGAUGGGUAGGAUAUGAGGUACCGUGAAAAGCUAGAAGCUUCUUUAGUAAAUAAUUUUCAGACUGAGAACACUAAUGGAGAAAAUCCAGGCUGAGGGAAAGAGCCUGUGAGAGGGGCCUCAGAAUAAGAAUGGGAAAGGCAGGUUAGAAGAUUUUCAGUGCUGAAAAUGCUAAUCUGCUGAAAGAGAGGGUCCACGGGCAACCAUUUUGCUGAGAAGCCGAGUGGGGUGGCCAGGAUCCUUUGGGGACCUAACCCCUAGGGUUGGGGCCAAGAAUUUGGAACCAGGGUACACUGGGGAAAAGCAAGGAGAGUGAGGGAGAGAUGUGAGGGCAGCCCCCUUGGCUGGACAGUGGCCAUUGCAAGGUUAGGGACGUGGCACCGAGCAAAGAGGUAUGUAAAAGGUCAACAGAGAGCUCCUCCAAGCUAGUAAAUAACUAUAUGAGGCUGAGAAAUGCAGAGGGAGAUCAUUCGAAGUCCUUUUAAGAUGCACCCUCAGGUCUUUAACUUUUGUUUUUCACAUGGAAAACAAUACCAAGCCACUGCAGGGUGCCAGCUGCUGUGUGCAUGGAAUAUGGAAUAUACUGGAAGACUAAGAAUCAGUGAGACCAGCUGGACGCUACUGCAGAGAUUCAGAUGUGAGAAGGGUUGGCCUUAGAGGCACACUUGGGUGUGUAGGAAGAAAUGAUCAGCAGGCCUUAGGGCUGGAUUGGCCGUGCAAGUGCAAAGACAGAAGACAAACAUGGUUGGGGGUAGAGGUGCAGGGAAGGCUGUAAGAGGAUUUGGGUUUGGGGAGGAAUAAUUAAAAUGCACAGAUCUUGGGCUUCCCUGGUGGCGCAGUGGUUGAGAGUCCGCCUGCCGAUGCAGGGGACACGGACGGGUUCGUCCGGUCCGGGAAGACCCCACAUGCCGCGGAGCGGCUGGGCCCGUGAGCCGUGGCCGCUGAGCCUGCGCGUCCGGAGCCUGUGCUCCGCAAGGGGAGAGGCCACAACAGUGAGAGGCCCGCGUACCACAAAAAAAAAAAAAAAAAGCACAGAUCUUAAGUAUGGAAUGAAUUCUGAUAAAUGUCUACAUCCCACCCCACCCCCACCCCAACAGAGGUUUUUAGAAGAGCGAAUUUCCAGUGCCUGCAGGUCCUAAGCGAAGUUGCCUCAAAGGCAAGAAGCUGCAUGCCCCUGAAGUAAGAAGCAAGAAGGACUGGAACUCCAGAUUUGAAAGUUAUCUGGAGCCAGCGGGUGGCGAUUUUGUGAGCAAACGAGCACAGGUGCAGGAAGAGGUAACUGGAGAACAGAAAGGCCCAAUGUGGGGCGCGCUUAACCCCCGCACACUGAGGAGCUUAUUUGCUGUUAUAAGCGCAGAGACUCUUCUCAGGCCUUCCACCUCAUACGUAAUUCUCUUAAAGGAGAAAGAAACCACUUUCUGGCUGGCUUCUUUCAAAGUCUGCCCUAUCGAGCUUGGAAAAUGGCGUCACUGGGGGGAAGGGAGCUGGAGGAUCCCACAGGGUGGUCUGCCCCUCCUCCAAGCAGCCUUCACGACUAAGAUGCACAGCAACCUUCUUGAGCUGGGAAGCCCAGCUUCCUCCGUGCAGCGUGCUAGGGCAGCCCGGCCUGGGCACGCUGAGCGUACAGGGAUCACACAAUCCCCGAGCACCUCUGCUCCGGGUGUGCGUUUGCAGUGGCUCUGCAGCAAUGCCCUCGGUGUUUGCAGCCUGUGCAAGCUUGCACGCAGCGGGAGCUCGGUGCCUAGAAUUGGGGGGCGGUGGGCGUGGCCGCGCUUCCUCGCGCCUUCUCCCGCGCAGGCAAUCCCGGGAACGUUCUGAAAAGUAUCCAAAAGUUCUGCGACGCGCGCGCGCAAAAAGGAAAAAAAAAAAAAAAAAACGGGCACAACCCCCCACCACUCUGGGCGUUGCGAGUCCCGACCUCGCCAUUCCAGCUGCACCUCCGGCUGCAGCGCGUACGCCUCCUGCGCCUCCUUCUCGGGAGCCUUGCCGUCGGCUCGUGCUCCCCUUGCAGCCACCGGAGAGUCCCUGCGCAUCUCCUUGGGGCACCAUGCCCAACGACGACGCAUACAGCAAGUCUUCGCCACCGUCGGAGGCCCCGCACGCCCCUGGGUCACCACCGCAGGGCAAGGCCGGGGGCUUCGGCAAAGCGGCCGGGGCGCUGCUCGGGACCACGGGCGGCGCGGGCGCCGGGGGCAGCGGCGGCUCAGGCUCGGGGGCGUCGGGCAUGGACGCCGCCGCGAGCAAGAAGUCCCCGCGGCUGCCCAAGUGCGCGCGGUGCAGGAACCACGGCUACGCGUCGGCGCUCAAGGGCCACAAACGCUUCUGCAUGUGGCGGGAAUGCCAGUGCAAGAAAUGCAACCUGAUCGCAGAGAGACAGCGCGUGAUGGCCGCGCAGGUGGCCCUGAGACGGCAGCAGGCCCAGGAGGAGGAAUUGGGCAUCAGCCACCCCAUCCCGCUGCCCAGCGCGGCCGAGCUGCUCGUCAAGAGGGAGAACGACAGCAGCACCCCAUGCCUGAUGACUGAGGGCAGCAGCCCCUCGCAAACCCCGCCGGCCAGUACCCCGACCCCGCCCGCGGCAGCGGCAGUUUGGACAGAAGGCACACGAUUUAGAGACCUUGGGCCCUGCGUGUCGGAUGAAGAAGCAGUAGAGGGCCGGGUGGCCAUCCAGGAUAUUCCUGCUGCCACCAGCAGAGGGCACGUGGAGAACACACCUGACCUCGUUUCCGACUCCACCUACUACAGCAGCUUUUACCAGCCGUCUCUGUUCCCUUACUACAACAACCUGUACAACUACCCGCAGUACUCCAUGGCCUUAGCCGCUGACUCCCCCUCCGGGGACAUGGGAAGCCCUCUCGGGGGCUCCCCUGUGAAGAACAGCCUUCGGAGCCUCCCAGCGCCUUAUAUGCCCGGUCAAGCGACAGGAAACCAGUGGCAGCAGAUGAAAAACUCGGAGAGCCUCCACGCAGUGAGUUCCCAGUACAGGAUGCAUUCUUACUACCCGCCUACCUCCUACCUGGGCCAGAGCAUGUCCCAGAUCUUCACCUUUGAGGACGGCCUCUCUUACUCGGAAGCCAAAGCGAGCGUAUUCUCGCCACCCAGCAGUCAAGAUUGUGGCUUGGUUUCCCUCUCCACCAGCUCUUCUGUUAGUAACGACAGCUCAAAGGCAGUGCUCGAAUGUGAGUCUGCCUCGGAGCCCAGCAGUUUUGCGGUCACUCCUGUCAUCGAGGACGACGAAUAAUCCGGCACCCCGAUGCCUUUGGCCAUUCACCUGGAGUGGCAGGUUUAUUCCGUUUAUACACAGGGUUUGUUGUUAACAUUUUGCCUUGACUCACACCAACUUAACUGUUGAGAAGAUGUUUGGUUUAUACUCCUUAGAGCUUAGCCCAGAGGCUAGAAGACAUUUGGAAUAGUUUACUAUCUGUGUCUGCCGUCUGCACCAAUUAAGUGCUUUGCUCACGGAGUUAAAUAUUAGUGUUCCUCAUUUUUUUAUGACACUGGUUUACAUGUAGUUUUCAAGAAAUACAAUAAUUCACUCAAGUAAAGCAGUACAUUUGCACCUAAAUGUGUCAACUACUUUCAGUUUUAAAAUGAAAUCUUAGGUGUCUCAGAUCUUUUCUUGAAUUUUAGUAUUUUAAUAAAAGUGCUAAACCAUAAAUUUAGCCACGUUCCUGACUGGUGAGAAGAAAAGAAUAGAGUUAGUGAUUAUGUUAGAAAUCUGCAGAAGGUUAAAUAGAAAUAAUGUGUGUGUUUGUGUUGCUGUUAGAAAAGCCUAGCCCCGACCCCAUCCCCUCAAAUCCAAAACGUGAAAUAGUCAGAAGAAAAAAUUAAUGACUUUAAGAAUUGCUACCUUUUCUAAAGGGUAGUUUGAAAACAAUACAAUUUAAAGUAACCCUAGUAAUGCAGAGUUCCUCAGUGUUGUUUCUAGAAAAAUAUAAGAGUUUAUGAUGCACAUUCUACUAUUAAAAAAAAUGGAUGCAAUCUAGAUUAUUUUGUAACCUUAGGUUGUAAUCUGAUUUGAAGAUAAGUACAUCUUUAAAAGUAACUAUAGAUUUCUGAGUUCAUUUUUUGUUAAAAAUUGCUAGUGGUGUACUCCUUAUGUAACAGAAGCCAUCCUGAAAUAAAAGUAGUCUAAAAAAAAUUCAUUGUUCUGUGUAGUUGCGGCUGUACCUGAAAUAAAAAUGUUAUUGAUGACUGAAUUUUCUUGUGUGUAUAUUUGAUGAGCGGUAUUAA